AUGUCACCGCAAACUGAAACUAAAACACAAGCUGGAUUCAAGGCUGGAGUUAAGGACUACCGUUUAACUUACUACACUCCUGACUACCAAGUACAAGCAACUGAUGUACUCGCAGCAUUCCGUAUGACUCCACAGCCAGGUGUACCUGCUGAAGAGUGUGGAGCAGCUGUAGCAGCUGAGUCUUCAACUGGAACAUGGACAACUGUAUGGACUGAUGGUCUUACUCAGCUUGACCGUUACAAGGGUCGUUGUUACGACAUCGAGCCAGUUCCUGGAGAAGAUAACCAGUUCAUCGCAUACGUAGCUUACCCACUUGACUUAUUCGAGGAAGGUUCUGUAACUAACCUUUUCACAUCAAUUGUAGGUAACGUAUUCGGUUUCAAGGCACUUCGUGCACUUCGUUUAGAGGACUUACGUAUUCCGGUAGCUUACUGUAAGACUUUCCAAGGAGCUCCUCACGGAAUCCAGGUUGAGCGUGAUAAGUUAAACAAGUACGGACGUUCACUUCUUGGAUGUACUAUUAAGCCUAAGCUUGGACUUUCUGCUAAGAACUACGGUCGUGCAGUAUACGAGUGUCUUCGUGGUGGACUUGACUUCACUAAGGAUGACGAGAACGUAAACUCACAGCCAUUCAUGCGUUGGCGUGACCGUUUCCUUUUCGUAGCUGAGGCUAUCUACAAGGCUCAAGCUGAGACUGGUGAGAUUAAAGGACACUACCUUAACGUAACUGCUGCUACAUCUGAAGAGAUGAUCAAGCGUGCAGCUUGUGCUAAAGAAUUAGGACUUCCUAUUAUUAUGCACGACUACAUUACUGGUGGUUUCACUUCAAACACUUCACUUGCUAUCUACUGUCGUGAUCACGGACUCCUCCUUCACAUUCACCGUGCAAUGCACGCAGUAAUUGACCGUCAGCGUAACCACGGUAUCCACUUCCGUGUACUUGCUAAGGCUCUCCGUAUGUCAGGUGGUGACCACCUUCACUCAGGAACUGUAGUAGGUAAGCUUGAAGGUGAGCGUAACGUAACUCUUGGUUUCGUUGACCUUAUGCGUGACCCAAUCGUUGAGAAGGACCGUGACCGUGGAGUUUACUUCACUCAGAACUGGGGAUCUCUCCCUGGAGUAAUGCCAGUAGCUUCUGGUGGUAUUCACGUAUGGCACAUGCCAGCUCUCGUAGAGAUCUUUGGUGAUGACGCUUGUUUACAGUUCGGUGGUGGAACUCUUGGACACCCAUGGGGUAACGCUCCAGGUGCAUCUGCUAACCGUGUAGCUCUUGAGGCUUGUACUCAGGCUCGUAACGAAGGUCGUGACCUUGCUCGUGAGGGUGGAGAUGUAAUCCGUGCAGCUUGUAAGUGGUCUCCUGAGCUUGCAGCAGCAUGUGAAGUAUGGAAAGAGAUUAAGUUCGAAUUCGAUACUGUAGAUACUCUCUAA